AUGGCGGGGGAGGCCGAACAGAGAGAAUGGUCUCUAGCUACCAUCUCCUGGACCCCUCAUUCCUGGCCUCUUCUGCUCAGAAGUAACGGUGGUGGCUGGUGGCUGGGAGCUCCCCUGUCGGAACCAAAUGGUGAGAUCAAGCCCUUUGGGGGGUAUCACUUCCUCACCCCUCGAAAGCUGCUGGGUGCCAAGCACACGCCCCACACAUGGCAGAACCAGGGGCUGGGUGGGGGGUCCCGCCAGCACCUGGGAUCGCCACAGUUGCAUCCAGACCCUGAGCCUGGAGAGAGGAGGCGGGCGAGAACCGGAUCCGGCCCCCCUCUGCCUCCACCCCGACAAAGCGGCAAAGCGAUGAGGAUGCUGUGUGCGUGGCGAGGAGACAGCCCUAAAAACACGUCGUCUCUGAAGCGUGGCCCUUCCCUGCUCGGAAUAGAGCCCGGCUGUCCUGCCGUGUCUGAAAUAACACCAGCAGCCAGCCAAGGCGUGUCCAUUGUCACACGAGCCUUUGGACCGCAGGUGGCCCCCAUGGGCCCCGGUAAUUCAAGUCACAACAGCCUCUUGCGUGACAGGGAGGCAGGGAGUGAAACUGGUAGUUGUGAUUCCAACAACCAGGAAGAUUGUGUUCCUAAGAAUUUCUGCCCGCGGCUGCGGAGGACUCUUUGUGUGCGGCGCCUAUGGGAGAUCUCGAAAUUUAGGCCGCUAUCAAAUUCCAAAUUAAACACCUAGGUGCUGCUGGCGCGCUGGCGAGGCGGCCUGCUCCUGCGGGCCGUGUUUGGGAAAGGCCAGAAUUUGAUCUGGCUGGAUGCUUUCACAUGGAAACCCUCCUGCAGGCUUUCGCUGGAUCACAGAUGAGAUGCCAGGGUUUAAAGCUGGCAGGCCAAUGGCGCUGUUGUUUAGGAACUUAGAAAUAGUCUGCUUUGACCCUGCAGCUUCAGAAUUUUCUAGAAUGGGCUAUUGUGAUUCAGUCACUGGGGAUUUUUCUAUGUUUACACCCCCUGGGGCCUGAAGCUGCCCUCUGGCCUCGCAUCACUCCUUUUUCAGAGGUGAGCAGCGGUCAGGGUGUAGCAAAUGCUUUCUUCCUUCCCCUAAACGUGACCUUGAACAAUCAGGCUGGUGUUAUCCAGGACCAGGGUUUAGAAAAGAAUUCUCGUGGACAGAGGCUGCGCAUUGGUGUCCAGCUUCGUACCCUGAAUCCGCGUGUCUCGGGGAUUGGGACCCUGGGCAAAUUACUGACAGCAUCCUCAGACCUCUGCUUUUUCUUCCAUAAAAUGGGGAUAAUGCUAACGAGGAGAACUAACCUGUUAGGUUGUUGGGUGAAUUAAAAUGACAUGAUGAACAAAAUGUUUGGCGCAGUUCCUGGCAGGUAACCAGCACUUAAUAGAUUCCUAGAGUAUGGUCUGAAGAUGGAAAUUUUUUUGCUUUUAAAGAGCUGCACCUGUGGAGGCUCCCAGGCUAGGGGCUGAAUUGGAGCUACGGCUGCCGGCCUACACCA